GAACAACAUGCCAUUGGUUGAGAUGAUUGGAAUGACACCGUGCAACAAAAACUUCUUGAUUGCUUAUGCAAUUGUGAAUAACGAGACCGAGUAUAGCUAUGACUGGGUCCUACAGCGGUUGAGACUGAUGUUAGAGUCUGAUAAACAACUUUCAGUCAUUGUGAGUGAUAAGGAGUCGGGGUUGAUUACUCCUAUUCAGAGGAAUUUCCCAACGACGCCCCACUUACUCUGCACGUGGCACAUCAACAGGGAUGUGGAAGACAAUGUGUAUCGACUAACGUCAAAAAAUAAGAUCAUCGCGCAAAACUUCACGCACGGCAAGUGGAAGAAGGUUGUCGAGGCGAACACGUGGCAGAAAUACAAAGAUGCCGUAGAAGAUAUGAUUGUUACAUACGCGAAGUUUCCUCAUGUGCUGGAUUAUGUGGAUAAGACGUGGCUAGCGCACAAGGAGAAGUUUGUCAAAGUGUGGACAGACACUGUCUUACAUUUUGGCAACACAACGACGUGUAGGGUGGAGAGUUCCCACGCUACGUUGAAGAGGUGGCUUGAAACGUCGACUGGUUCGCUCGACACGGUUUGGGAGAAGAUUGACAAGGAGAUUGAGUCUCAACUGACUAAAGUCAGGGAGACGUUGGAGUCUUCGAGACUCAGGAUGAGUACAGGCUACAGGGGAUUCCCUUUCGAACAGUUGAAACUGCGAGUCUCGCAUUAUUGUAUGGAUAUAUUGAAUGAUGAGCUUCAGAAGAUGCGAGACUUCGGCAAAGAUGUUUGUGAUCUGUGCGAUUGUGCGCUAAAAUACACUCAUGGACUUCCUUGUGCCUGUGACCUAAGGGAGGCACACACUGAAGGUACACAGAUUACGCCCAACGACAUCCACAGGUUCUGGAGCACACUCAGUGCGUCGGUGAGUGGAUGGACUGAUCAUGAUUAUUUUCGGCGACUUGCCGAGGAGGUUGAAGCGGUUGAUCCUGCGACUAUACGGUACUUGAACCAUGUCAUCGCCGCUCAACUUCAUCCUGAUGAACAGGGAUACAAAGAACCUGAAGUGAAGGAAAAUCCGAGAGGUCGCCCCAAGAAGAAAAAUUCAACAAAACGCGAUCCAUCGAAAUGGGAGUACACUGUUGGAGGCCGCACGGCGGGGC